AUGUUCUUCCUUCAAUUGAUAUCAGUGCUCAUUUCCAUGAAAGUGGGCCACGUCCGGUCUAGUCGUCUACCCCAUCAUUAUGUAGAUAAUCAUCCGAAAAGUGAGUUUCUUUCUCAUUCUCAUUCACAUUUGACCCCAUUUUCAGCAGAACCUUCACAUUUAAUCGACACCAUUCAGAACAGAUACGACAAAAGAGUGCGGCCAUUCGCAGAAACGAACCGGCCUGUGAUUGUGCACAUGACCAUUGUGCUGGGUAUUUUAACAGAAGUGGUGAGGAAUUAAUAAGAACCGUCAAGACCCAUUUUCGAAUACUUUCAGCGGGAAAACCAGCAAGUCGCCUCGUUCGUCAUUUCGCAUGUGCAGAAAUGGCGGGAUCCAAAACUGGCAUGGGAUCCCGCGGACCACUCGGGAAUCACUCAAGUGGUGAUGCCGAGGAGCCUUGUCUGGGUGCCGAAACUCUUCAUCUAUAACAGUAUGGACACGAAGGACAUGCUCACCGACGAUCGAUACGACGUUCGGGUACAGCACACGGGACACGUGAAGGUUAACAGUCCCCAGUUCGUGAGCACUCUCUGUCGGAUCAACAUCGAUCUGUUCCCUUUCGACACGCAAUUCUGUGCCAUUGCAUUGGCCAGUCCCCUUCUUUCGGUCGAGGAAAUGGACGUGAAUGCGACACAACCCCCCGUCGACUCGUACUUCUCGGUAAGUGGGAGGAAGCGGGGGAUUAGAGAGUGAUUCUGAAGAGUCGGAUAACUUUUUGAGGCGACGUCACUGUGAGAAAAAGGAAUGGAAUGGGUGCACUGAGUGCAAGUGGAAAGAUUGAAACUUGCAGGGAAACGCCGAAUGGCAAGUGAUGAACGUGACAGUGCGGCAGAUGAAAUUCAUGGAAGAGGGCGAGUACCGUGCAGAAGUGCACUAUAUUCUCCAUCUGAACCGUCGUCCCACAUACUACAUCACUGUCAUCGUCGUGCCGACCUUCCUGAUCUCUGCCCUUUCCAUCCUCGGCAUUUUCUCUCCCGGAUCGAAUGACGGGCCAAGGAAUGAAAAGGUUUCGCUCGGAUUGGGUUCCCUUCUCGCCAUGACCGUCCUGCUCGACAUCGUCGCCGGAGCAAUGCCGAAAAGCGACGCCAUUCCGCUGCUCGGCUACUACAUCAUGCUCGUGAUCCUUCUGUGUGCGAUCGGAGUCGCCGUGUCGAUGGCGAUGCUUUCGAUGUCUCGCAGUUGCAUUCAGACGUCCAAAAUGCCUCCUCCGCUCUAUUAUCGUCUUCUUUUCCUGAACAUCUGCAGAGUUGUGAAACAGAAUAACGGGAUCGGAGCGCCGAUGAACGAGAAGCCGACGACGAUAACGUGAGUGGAAUGACCGAGAAACCAGUCCUCGAUUAUCUUUUUUCAGUCCUCGAUUUCCCGACCUCAUCUCAAUUUACAAUCAACUGAUAGAAGUGGCAAGGGCUCAAAGAGCAUAUCGGGAGAGGAUCGAGAAGCAGAAAUGGCAGCACAGAGUGAGCAUUUCCGAGAGAAGGAGCACUUCCAACUCAUUUGCAGGUCGAAGUGGAAUGGAAUAAAAUAUUCGCGCGCAUCGACUUCUUCUUCCUCUUUCUUUUCGAAAUGUUCAAUGUUCUCGUGCUGGUGCUCUUCCUCCGCUACGCGUUUCUUCCCGUUCCACCACUUCCGGAGAACUUCUCCAUCUGA